GCGGCGGAGGUUGGUGUCUGAGGCGGCCGCGGCGGCGGGCUCCCCUCCUCCGCCCCCUCGGUGCCCCGCGCCCCGCGGAGGGAAAAGUGUCUUCAGUCAAGCCAGAGAAAUCCGCUACCUUGGUGCUGAAAACAGUAGCUUUGACAUCCUCUAAACAGAUUCCAGAAUCCCAUGGACUGAACACCACAGUCUAGACUAACUGACAGACAGAAUUCUUCUCCUGUUAGGAAUAAUCCAGGAACAGUGAGGAAAGUGUUGUAGCUGUGUUGGUCCCAGGAUACUAGAGAGACAAGCGUUCUCAAGUGCUGGGGGCUAGAACUGAUGGCAGACAAUGUCAACAACUAACAAAAUAGCCCAGGCCCGGAAGCUGGUGGAGCAGCUCCGUAUCGAGGCUGGAAUUGAGAGGAUUAAGGUCUCCAAAGCAUCUUCUGAACUAAUGAAUUACUGUGAGCAAAAUGCCAGGAAUGACCCACUGCUGGUUGGAGUACCCGCCUCGGAGAAUCCUUUUAAGGACAAAAAGCCUUGUAUCAUCCUAUAGCUUUCUUCGCUCUCGCGUGCACACACACUCUCAGGCAGGGCACCGUUCUGUAUCGAUUUAAACCAAGUCCCAAACUUAAAACUGCGCAGAGGGAUAAACACUAAAUGUUGGAUUCAAAUAGAACUUAAAAUCUCAAAUUGGAAGUGUUCAGAAAGGGGCUCGGCUGCUCCUGGGCGGUUUCCAUACUUAGAAGGGUUCCAAUUUAAAAACCCGUCUGGGCAGGCGGGCACAUUAUUAAUACUAAUUCUAGUUUCAAGGGUGGUGGGGCAAACAAGAAUUGAACUGCAUUUGCCAGUGGGAUUCAUGGCCUCUUAAAAAGAUGGAGUUUUGACCUUUUAAAGUAUUUGGGCAAAGCUUUGGGUGUGCUUUUGAUUCAAUUAUUCCAGUUGACGUAUUCAAAGAAUUUCAGUCUGAUUGCUCUGUUUCUUGGGGAGGGUGGUGGUGGCUGUUUUAAAAAAAAAAUUAAAAAAAAAAAAAAAAAAAAAAUUAAAAAUGGAUAUUAUACAUUAGUCAAUUCAGAAUUAGUGGUGGGGGAGGGAGAGCAAAGUGUUUGGCAGCUGCAUUGUAAUGUGUAACAAAAUCCAUGAAACUUUCUCUCUCCAUGAAAUGUGGCAUGUGGUUCUGAAGCAUCAUAUGAUCUUAUGGUAUUUGUUACAAACGAAUCCCAUUGUGGGGAGUAUACUUCGUAGAAUAACCCAUCAGCCAUGAAAAAUGAAAUGACUCUCCUUAAGUCGGGCUUGGCCCAAGGCAAAGGAGAUGUGGGUGUUUACACCCUCUGGUUGCAAUUUGGAUUUUUAGUUCUGUGUGGUGUUGCCACUAUUUUCCUAGCAGAACUGCGAUGUUGAGGGAUUCGUUCUGUUCUGCAGUAUCCUGUUACCACUUUUCUAUCCUAGCCAUUCAGAGAUUCUAGGUCCAAAACACUAGAACUGGCCACUAUUAACCUCCCAGCUCUCUUUCCCUCUCAUUAGUCGUUAACAUGAAUCUGUUGCAUUCAAACCUAUUCGGGGAGGAGCGGGGCGGUUUCAGGCUGUCAGGAAAAAAUAUUAACUCCAACAGUUCCCAUCCCUUGGAACUAUGAAAUGUAACUAAUUUUUCAUUUACCAACAUAACUACAGGCACUGCAAAUUUGGGAACAAACUCGACACAGAGCAGGCCAGGGGCAAGGGAGGUAGUCGCUUCUCCUUUGCCUGUGUCACCUGCUGCAGGAUAUAAGCGAUAGUAGUAACAACUGGGCCUUUUAAUCUGCUUUGUGGAUCCUUGCUGCAGCGUGCGGGUUCUGAGCACUCCCUCCCCUGCAGUGCAACCCAAAUGGUGCUUGGGAGAAAGCUCAGAGCUCAGGGAUGUACUGCUGCCUCUCCCGUGUAGUUAGAUCUGUCACCAGGGGGUGCAUGCUGGGACCGUUUUAUAAGGACACAGCAGAAUUCUGAACAGUCCUCUGGCAGCAGCAGGUUUGCUUACCAGCUUAUAAGAGAACCUGUCCAAUCCUGUCGGCUUUAUCUAAACAGUCAGGCCUAGCUCUCUUCCUACAAGAGAAUACCCAGCUUUCCACGGAGAACCUGGAGAAGCAGGGGAGUGGCCCGCUUCAGAGGGAUGAACAAGCUGCUGAGACUGCAGACCAGUUACUCAUUUCUCAUUUCUGAUUUAAAAUGGGAGUUGAAUACCGGCAAAUUCAAGGUGCAAGUACUAAUCGUUUUCACUUGACUCACAGGGUGUCCAUUUGUACAUAUUCUUGCCACGUUUGGGUCCAGAUUGUGUUCAGGAUGAGAAGGAAAAAACCCUCCGAUACGGAAUCCCAGGAAGGCUGCCGCACUGAGCCAUUUCCCCAGUGUUUUGGGUCUGUUUGAAAUGUCCAGGCCUUCAAUAGAAGCCCAGUGUUUUGCAUUUUUGGCACCCUCAAAUGAUGGCAGACCAGAGAACGCUUCCUGUCGCCAGGUGGAUCUCUGUGCGCUAGACAAGAAAAGCUAGAGGAGAACCUGGGUUUGAGCUUUCAUGGGAACGCUGAGGAUUUUGGCUCUUCUGAGGUGCAGUCUGGGGGAGGGAAGAUUUACAUAUCAAUAAUGGAGACUGUACACACCUUUUAAUAGUAAAAUGAGCAACCGGGGAUCUGCCUUGAGCCCAGCCUCGCCAGGCCCUGCACCCCGGUUACGUCCCUGGUGCUCCUGGAAGGGAAAAGCGUUGCAGCAUUUGACGCUCUCGAAGGCAGUUCCGGAGCCCAGGCUGGGCUCUGGAUUCGCGAUCCUGGCAUGCCAUCCAACAGCAGUUACUUGGAGUGAAACGAAAGGUGGGGGAAGGGGGAGCUAGUGCCACAA